AUGGCGACAACUCUGACAGUUUCUGGCUUCCAGGGCCGCCAAAUCACGCUUCCGACGGGCCUAUUCAUCAACAACCAAUUUAUUCCUUCGUCCACUGGCCAGGUAUUGCCAGUUGAAAACCCCUCAACCGGCGAAAAACUUGGCACAAUUUCCGCUGCUGGGCUCGAAGAUAUUAAUCAUGCUGUUGAAUCCGCCAAGGUCGGAUUCCGCACUUGGAGGUCCGUAUCGGGCCCUCAAAAAGCCCAGCUCUUGCUUAAGCUCGCGGACUUGAUUGAGCGAGAUGCCCAAGAUCUAGCCUCUCUUGAGGCCAUUGAUGCCGGCGUUCUGUAUACCGAUUCAAUGGGGAUGAACAUCCCUCAAGCAGUCGGCUGUCUGCGAUACUAUGCAGGCUGGGCAGGGAAAAUUGACGGCAAAACACUAGACAUGGAUGGCGGAAUCGCCUACACCCAUCGGGAACCUCUGGGUGUAUGUGCUGCCAUUGUGCCUUGGAAUGCACCUCUUAUGAUCACUAUUUGGAAGCUUGCCCCGGCACUAGUGACAGGCAAUGUCUUGAUCAUCAAGUCCUCUGAGCUUUCGCCGCUAUACGCUCUCAAGCUUGCAGAAUUGGUGAAAGAAGCCGGGUUCCCUCCUGGUGUCGUCACCGUGGUCACUGGAGAUGGCGCCUCUGCAGGCCAGGCCCUGUCUGAGCAUAUGGAAGUACGCAAAGUUGCCUUCACCGGAAGUGCUCUUGCCGGUCGCAAAAUUCUACAAGCCGCAUCGCGGACGAAUCUCAAAAAAGUAAGUCUGGAGCUCGGUGGUAAAGGGCCAUCCAUUGUGUUCGAGGAUUGCGACCUUGAAAACGCGCUGCUGUGGACUCGGAUUGGAAUCACAGCAAACAAUGGCCAGAUCUGUGCUGCGGGUUCACGCAUCUAUGUCCAAGCUUCUAUUUACGAUCGGUUCAUUAAGGCAUACAAAAAGGCGUACGCCGAUGCGCCAACAGUUGCAGGCAACCCUUUGGAUGCGUCCACUACGAAGGGGCCAGUGGUGAGUCGAGUCCAGCACGAGAAGAUCCUCCACUUUAUUCGCCAAGGAAAGGAAUCAGGAGCCAAGCUUCUAUUUGGCGGCGAGCGAAUCGGCGAGAAGGGAUACUUUGUCCAAAACACUGCUUUUGCAGACGUCGGUGACGAUGCGACCAUUAUGCGCGAGGAGAUCUUCGGCCCAGUCGCGAGCAUUGCCAAAUUUUCCACUGAAGAAGAAGUGAUCUUCAAGGCCAAUGACUCGCACCACGGUCUCAGUGCUGCUAUUUUCACUAACGAUGUCAACCGAGCUCAUCGUGUCACCAAGGAAUUGCAAUCUGGUCAAGUCACUGUGAACGCAUGGGCAAUGCUCAGUCCUAAUGUUCCUUUUGGGGGAGUGAAGGAGAGUGGGUUCGGACGCGACAUGGGCGAAGAGGCUUUAGAGGGAUGGACCUCAGUGAAGGCUGUUAAAUACAAUAUUCUCCCACGGCUGUGA